CUCUUUUCUAGUCACCACCUUCGAAACCACCUCAGCCAUCCUCAGCCUCUGAGACCAACCGACGCUGUUUUAUUGACUUUAAUUCGUCACUGCCGAGCAACCAUGAGCUCCCAGAUUCGUCAGAAUUAUUCCUCUGAGGUGGAAGCCACCGUCAACCGCCUGGCCAACCUGCAUCUGGGGGCCCCCUACACCUACCUCUCUCUGGGCUUCUAUUUUGACCAUGACGAUGUGGCUCUGCACGGUGUGGGCCACUUCUUCCGAGAGCUGGCCGAGGAGAAGUGUGAGGGCUCUGAGCGUCUCUUAAAGCUGCAAAUCCAGCGCGGUGGCCGCAUUCUCCUCAACGACGCCGCGAAGCCUUCCAAAGAUGACUGGGGUAAAACUCAGGAUGCCAUGGAAGCAGCCUUGGCCUUGGAGAAGAAACUGAACCAGGCCCUUCUGGAUCUGCAUGCCCUGGGUUCUGCCCGCACAGAUCCUCAUCUCUGUGACUUCCUGGAGAACUACUUCCCAGAUGAGGAGGUGAAACUCAUCAAGAAGAUGGGCGAUCAUCUGACUAACAUCCGCAGGCUGGGCCCCUAGGCUGGGAUGGGUGAGUAU